AGAUUUUUAAAAUACAAAAUUUGCAUUUGUAUUCGUAAAAUAAUUGUGUUGACUAAAUUUUUUUGUUUAAAUAAUGGAAUUUUAUUUCGUUUGGAAAUUAUGUUUUUUCGUCCUGGGUGCAUUGACACAAUUUUCGGUUGCAGCUCCGAACGAUUAUGACUUUUUAUUAUUUGCCCAACAAUGGCCAUUGACAACGUGCAUGCAAAAUGGAAAACAACGAAAUCAAUGUAAUAUUCCUCAUAAUGAUUGGACGGUACAUGGAAUUUGGCCAUCAAAAAAUGCACCGGCAAGAGGUCCCGAAGAAUGUGAUAGACGCAAUCAACUUAGAGUGCAAAAUUUGGCAAAUAUACGAUCACAACUUGAAAGAAGAUGGUUGAAUGUUCUCAGCAAUAAUGCAGAGGGUUUUUGGAGUUGGGAAUGGAAAAAGCACGGGACAUGUUCAUUGAAUUUACCAGCUCUGAAUUCACAGAAUAAAUAUUUUAAUCAAGGAUUAACGUGGAAUAGGAAUUACGUAAUAGGAAAUAUUCUUAAUAAUGGUGGUGUUAGACCUGGAGGAAGUUAUACUUUGCAGAAUAUUCAAGCUGCUCUCAGAAGAGGUUUGAAUAAUGUUACACCACAAAUCUCGUGUUUUAAGAGUGGAAACAGACAAUUCUUACAAGAAAUAAGAAUUUGCAUUAGCAAGAAUUUACAAUUAAUUAACUGUGCUGGACACACGUCAGACACAAACUGCAAUCGUCGAUCAAAUAUCGAAUAUCCCGCAUGAUUAAGACUGCAAAUAAUUUUAAUAUUUCAUUUUUUUUUUUAUUUCUAUUUAAAUUAUAAAAAAAUAUCAACGAGAACAUCAAUUACAAUACAGUAGUAAAACAGUUUUCGAAGUACUUUCUACUUUUUUAACACAUGUAAUUUUUUUAUCUGAUUUAUUUUUAUUUCGAAUUAAUUUCUAGUUUUCUAUUCUUUUAUAAUUAU